AAAUAAUGAAAUAAAACAUGAAAAUAAAGCCUUAACGUAAAGCGUAAAAUAGAACUGAAGCUAAAAUAUAAGCAAAACCUUCAGGCAGAAUCAAAGUGCAGAUGACUGUGAGGCUUCAGCGAUGGAGUUCGUCUUCGUUCGGACUCGGAGAGCUGUGGCCUCUUCAAACAUGCAAACGAUAUUUCUGUAUCCUGCUUGUAAUAAUGACCAGUCAAUAAAUGUCAUCGGCUUUGUCAUAAUAAUGCGCUUUUAUUGGAAAUGAUUUGUCUGUCUGUCUCUAUACUUUAUUAUCUUCAAAAAGAAAUGGCAUUCAUUAAGGUCUCUGUCAGAAUAAUCUUUAUUUGCCAGCAGUGCUUACAGAUUAGUACAAAUGGGGGAAAAAUAUCUUAAACUUUAACUUUUUUUCAAUUUAAUGCAAUAAUAAUAAUUUUUUAUUAUUAUAAUAAUACAUUUUAUUUAAAGCGCCUUUCAAGGAACUCAAGGACACUUUACAAUGAAAAAUAUAUUAAUUUAACUUAAUUAUUGUUACGUAAUACUAGUAAAGCUACAUCAGUCUGAGCUCUUCAUAUUUUCUUCACUUCAUGUGAUCGUGAUGUCGCUUCUCGGGGCCUCACUUUUAUUUCAUUCCAUCUUUUGUUCAAACCUUCAAAUGGCAAAUUAAGCUCAGUCAGCUUCAAACCUUCUCCCUCCAGGCGUCUGUCACUUACAGCAUGGAGGUAUUGCUGUAGGUUUUCCGCCGAUAGUUUCACUGAUCAAUCCUGUGGAAUUUGUGUUUCGGUCUGCUGAGUCUGCGCUCUGUGCGUAAAAGAGACGUUUGUGUUCCUGUGACUGCACAAAAAGACAGGACCUAAUAAGAGGAGAGCGUGCAGGAUUUACAUUUCGUGUUGGUUCUUUACUAGAUAUCUGUCAAAAGACUUUCUAAAAGACUCUUUUUUUGCUGCUGACUCGCUUGUCAUCUAAAAAGCUGGUGCGUAAAAGGAAAAGCGUUUGAGGAUAGAGAGAUCAGAAACCCACCAAGACUGACACUGAUGACUUGAAAUCCAUUUUCUGCUCAAUAUCUCGACCCGUUUUCUGUCUUAAGUUCACCUGCACGGCAGUUCUAGGUCUUCUCUGGACCGUGCGUAAAAGGGCUGGUUUCCAAAGACGCGUCCAAAUUCUGAUCUAAAACUCUAAGCUCCUGACCUCGCGGCCGCUGCGCGUCUGGCGUAUUGCGAUUCAAAAAAAAAUGAUGUCAUGCAAAGUCACAAGGGGACCCGGGAUUUACCAAGUACCUUCCAGUUGAGCAGGAGUCCUGCCAAGUAAAGAACAACCACCUCCUCUCCUCCUCCUCUUCCAGCGGCGACAGGCGCAGAGAAUCGACGGAGAAGAAUUGAGCAAAUUAUCUACUUUUCCGCUCUCUUUCCUGGACGGUAACGAUCGGCAAGGUCUCGGCUCUCCGCACGCCGUUAUCGAGCGAGCCGCGGACGCCCUGAUUGUCAUCAAUAAGAGGGGAAAUAGCGCCGGUGAUUUGGAAAGGGGGUUCCCGGCAGAUGCUGCCCUUUCCUGCGGGCCAGUAAGGAGCAACACCGACCCCCGGCUUCUUUCCAGCAGCUUGUAGUUGUAGUUGUUGUUGUCUCAGCGCGGUGUAUGCAGAGGUGAUGGACGGUCCUCUCCGCCGCCCAGCGGGGAUCCUCAGCUCCCCCCCGGCUUCUGGGAGCCAGCCCGCGGGCUCAGACAUGCUCACCUCCGGCGGCAGCAGCAGCAAGCCUCUCGCUUUCUCCAUCGACCGGAUUAUGGCCAGGACACCCGAGCCCAAGUCAAUACCGCUUCCCAGCUGGUUCCAGUCCGCUCCCGUGGGGAAACCCGAUGUCUGUCCGUCCUCGCUACAUUGCAUGAUCCCGCUGGUGCCGCUCGGGUAUGAGCCGGGCCACCGGCUCAGCAUUACCGGGUUGGAUCCGGGCCACUUAGACUCGUCUUCUUUCCCGGCUCCCGCAGACUUUUUGGGCUUUGGGUUGAACUAUAAGAACCAGCAGGAGGACUCCACUGUGAGCCAAACCACAGGCCAGUACAAACUCUUCAGACCCCGGGUGGUGAACCAAUCCUCCUUCCCCACCAUGGGCACUGUGUGCUACCUGAACUGCAGCGGGGACAACGGUGCAUGUCCCCCGUCAACCGGCCUCGUCAACCUGCACCCGAUGGCCUCGUACCUGCUCACCGCCCGGCACAAAGCUUUCUUGGCGGAGAAGAGCAAGCCGGGCCUGCAGCAGGCCGGGGAGCGGUACCCGGUGUCCGGCGUGCAGGCCUUCAAGGAGCUGUCUCAGAGCCAGAUCGAGCACUACAUGAAGGAGCGGGACCACCUCACCGACAAGAUCUUUAAGGGCUCCGCUGUGGCUGCGGCGGCGGCCACCCGGUUGAACGGCUCCUGUCCAGGCAGCAAGCCCAAAGUUUUCACUUGUGAGGUUUGCGGCAAGGUGUUCAAUGCGCACUACAAUCUGACACGCCAUAUGCCCGUGCACACUGGCGCGCGACCGUUCGUUUGUAAAGUUUGCGGGAAAGGUUUCCGGCAGGCAAGCACGUUGUGCCGACACAAGAUCAUCCACACUCAGGAAAAGCCUCAUAAGUGUAACCAGUGCGGGAAAGCCUUCAACCGGAGCUCCACCCUCAACACACACACACGCAUCCACGCGGGAUACAAACCGUUCGUGUGCGAGUUUUGUGGCAAAGGAUUUCAUCAGAAAGGAAACUACAAGAACCACAAGUUGACGCACAGCGGGGAGAAGCAAUUCAAGUGUUCCAUCUGCAGCAAAGCGUUCCACCAGGUGUACAAUCUCACCUUCCACAUGCACACACACAACGACAAGAAGCCUUUCACCUGCCCUACCUGUGGCAAGGGCUUCUGCAGGAACUUUGACCUGAAGAAACACAUCAGGAAGCUGCAUGAUCCGGCUGGCGCACCGUCACCCCCACAAGCCUGAGAGACCCUAACAAUGACUCUGUUCCCUUCAUCCCAACACACCGAAAAAAAAAACCUUGAGACCCCAUGACCUCCACCAUUACAAGUCACACUAAACGUCUGUCUGCUGAAGGCAGAUUUAAGAAGGACUGCGGGUGUCAGGGAAAAUAGUUUUUAUAAAUUAGGAACUUAUACCCUCAUGAUGAUAAUUUCUGCGCUUUCUUCACUCUAAUUAUACAUAAUUAAUAAUAAUUGCUGCCGUAAAAUUGCUAAAUGAUAAAUACUAAUUUAUAUUGUUUUUGUCCCCUGGAGUUCAACCCGGUCUCACGUGCUGGAGUUCGUAUUUUUACUCUGAGCAUACCCUUAAAAGCUUUUUAAGAAAAAAUAUCUUUAAAUCUUACCAAUACUUUCUUUCUAUAUCUGCUCAAUAUAGUUCUUUUGUUGCAUCAUUUUAGUCAUUUGUACCCUUCAAUUAUUUAAUUCUGCUAAUCUUAUCAUUAUCGAAGAUGUCAACAUCACCACCACUGAGGCUGCGUCCUUCAUGUUAUUUUUUGGUAUCUGCUGAGCACUUUAUCGUGCAUAAUACAAAUGCUGGACUGUGAAUGCUGAUUCUGACAUUUUUCAAUUAAACAGUUUUAAAUUUGAUAGCUUUACAGGGAAUCAAAAUACCUGAUUAAAUUAAAAUGUGUGCAGUGUUUGUGCACACUACCGUUUUAUCUGGGCUGUGCAGAGGAAGCUGAGACAGAAUUUAGACAGGAGGAAAACUACACUUAAAAUCAGACUAAUGUUACACUUUGUUAGAUUAAAUAUUAUAAGAUAGCAGCAUCAAAAUAUGCACCUAUGGGCAUUUAGUGUUUCAAAAAAUCCUGGUGACAGUUAAAACUGUUCACUAAGCCUGAAGCUGCGUUUUUAUUUGAUUAGUCUUUCAGGAUUAAUUAAUAUGAGUGUACAAGUUAUUAAAUUGCAGGAGUUUUCUGCCUUUGGCUUAAAGUUUCUUAAAAGGAAUCCCCUGGUGAUCAAAAAAAUUGUCAGAGAAAAGCUACAAAUAAAGUUCAAAAUCUAUGCAGUGAGUCAAGCUCCAGAAACAUUGGAUCCUACAUUUCCCGUGAUGCACUGAGUCAUUUCACUAGAAUCUCCCUAUCUGGUAAAACAAUCAUAAACUUUUACAACUUAAAAGAACCGUUUUCAUCGACUGAGGAGGAUCAAUGGGUAUAAAAGAAAUGAUUUCUAUGUGUAUAAUGGGUGAAAUGCUCCUUUAGAUUUUGACUAACCGGCAUGUUGUUUGUGUGUGGCCACUUCUGAAAUGGAAGAUGCCCUUUGGUUUACCACAGGGGAGUUUGCCAUUAUGACAAGCAAAAUGAUACACUGAUGAUAGUCAGGCAUUUCGUUUGUACAAGUGUCCUCUGAUGCGCUGCCAGAGCAUCAGAGGCCAAUCCACGAUUCCCCUAUUUGCCACUCAGGCCUGUUGACCCCAAACUUGGCCCUUUCCUUGAACUUCACCUUUCAAAAAAAAACCAAAACAAGCCAUUAGGACACUUCCCAACCCCUGGGUCCUGUCGUAGCCCCUCAGACCGAAUACAACCUGACCCCAACUCCUGACCUCUGACCCCCAAUGCUGGCCUGGACUUUACCCUGAAUGGCUUCAGUGUCUCAGCCUGUGUUGGACUGAGGACAUUUGACUGUGGGGAAACUGAGCUUUCCUGUCCUCUGAUUAUUGUUCAGUUAUUCUAAUAUAAUGGUGGCUAAUUCUUGCAUCAUUAGUCAUUAGUGAUUACUAGUCCCUUAUCUUUCAGUUGGAUCUCAGGAUGUGAGAUUGCUGACCUGUGAGACCAGAGAUGUUCCUGGGGUGGAAACAUAGCUUUAUUAAGAGGGAAGCUUCCUAUCACAACUACUGUAGCUGUGUGAAGACAGUUUUGCAUUAAGGAAGCAUUGCAGGUAUGCCAAGUGCACUCACUGUCAGUGUGACCUCCAAACAAAGAGGUUUAGAUAAUCUGGAUAAACUGCUUUGAGUGAUGUCACCCUAUUCACAGAUCCUACCAAUUAAACUGGUGAUAAAUUGUUAUAGUUCCUGAUAGAAAUUAUGUACAAAAUGACGGAAAACAAGACUCUAAUUCAUACCUACCCCUUAAAAUUUAGUACUCUGUGAUGCAUUUUAAAAUGAGUAUUAUUCCCGUGUUGUUCAUGUGAACUGAAUGAGAACACCACAGCUAAUGAAAGCUGAGGAUGGCAAGUUUAACCACCUACGUAAGAACCACAUUUCAAUUCAAAUGUGGUCCAGAUUUUAUUCUGAUUUUGACAGAAUCAACAAAGAAAAUGCAGAUUGUCUGCUUUCGUUAGAUGAACACCUGAAGUUGGUUCACAGACAUAAGUACAGUUUGUGCUCAUUCUUCAGUCAAUGCCAAUACACCACUGCAAAAGAAGAGGAAGCAAUGAAAGUUCAGAAAACACUAAAUAUUUCUGUUAGCUUCGUGUGUUAAUGUGAAGAAGGUCAUAAGAUUCUUAUUGCUUCACACAUAUCAGAUAUUUCAUCUGUGACUAUCCUUCUCCAAGUCUGCUCCUAUUGCACGUUCUUUUUGUUGCACCAUUUCAACAAUUUUGAGAUUCUUUUAAGUUGAGUGUUUCCAUUAUUAAUAUUUACUGGUGAUCCUGUUUUAUGUGCAUUUUAAAUUUGCACAUUAGUUUCAUAUAAACUUUCACUUGCUGAAGUACAGAGCCCCUGUAAAAGAAACAAAAAACACACUGCUUUGGUCACAUCUCUGGUCCUGACUGACAAGCUGAAAUUUUUGUCCUGUUAGUCUAUUGCUAUUUUUGAUUUCAAUCUCAGGAUUAUUGUAAAAAAAAGUGUUUUAUGAUAUUUAUUUUAAAGUGUACUACUCUUAUAACUUAAAGAGAAGAGCAAAGCUGAUGACUACGGUUUAUAAAAAAGGUUUGUUGUCAUGGUGAAAAGCUAGUUUUUGCUGGACCUAAUGCUGCAAACGCUUAAUAGGGAAACAAACAUAAUUAAAAUCAACUGCGUGUUCUCA